AUGCUCGAUGGUUCUUCGGAUAAGACUGAGGUGGGCAAGAUGAACAAGAUGGGCGUCACUCGGUACAGGCGCCACGCCGUCAAGAGGACGAAGAGAAGCGACGGCAAGUUUUUCUGGGCUGACUCCUCCAACCGCGACGGGGACGCCUACACCGGCGCGACGGACCUCUUGGAUAACGUCACUUGGGGCUGGCACCACCCGAGUGGAACGUACAACACCAUUCCUGUCGGCAGCCCGCUCAUCGACGACCAACAGAACAUCUACAUCGGCUCCGACGACGCCAUCCGGAAGUUCGACGUCACAGGCACGAUCUUGUGGAGUUACGCCCCCAGAGGUCAGCUCGCAGCGGCGCCCACCCUGGUUCUCGCUAGCAGCAGGCGCUUGGACGCAACUGUGGUCCAGGAGGGGGGCGAUGACGCCGAGGAGGAGCGCGAGCUGCGGCCUGACUGGGUCAGUGGAAACGAGUCUGUACCUUCAGUAGGUUCAUUUGAGGUCGGCGACCUCGUCAGGGUGAAGCCGGGCUUCCGCUAUCAGGCGGAUGGCAAGGAGCUCUACAAAGCCGGCGACACGGGGAUGAUUACCGCCGUCGAGAAGGAGAACGGGGAGACGGAGAGCAGAGCCGUCAUCUCGUGGACCCGCACCGGGCACAAGAGCGUGGUGCAGCUUCACGCCAUGGGAAGCCGUUUUUCGCGCGUGGAGUCGAAGAAUGUGGCCGCCACCCUGCCCUCCAUGCUGGUAGGGAGCACUACCUCUGGCUUUGUGUUCGCCAUCGACCUCGCAAGCGGAGAGGAGCUGUGGGCAACGUGGGCCUCGAACGAUAUCGCGGGCGUCAAGGGGUCUGUGGCUGGCAAGGAUGGAAUCAUAGUGGUCGCAACCGACAGGUGCACUGACCGGUACUGUUACAGGUAUCGCAAUCAGACCAACCCCCUCACGCCCGGCAAUUCCAAGGUGCGCGGCCUGAGUGCUGCGGACGGCAGCGCGAUCUGGGAGUUCAAAACCUUUGCGCCAGUGUGGAACAUGGCUCCGCUGUGGGGCCCGCGCGACACCGUGCUUUUCCAGGACUAUGAGGGCAGGGCGUACUCCCUGGACCUCGCGACCGGCUCCCUUCGCUUUCAGGUCGGCGGCGACAUUGGCACGCACACCCAUGCAGGCGCCGUGUACGAUCCUGGCCACAACAUCUUGUUCGCCCUCGGCAUGAGGCACUACAACGUGGAGACCUACCACAUGGAGGACGCCAUCGGCACGGACGGGGGCAAAUUUUGCAAUCCUUACGUAGCACCUGGCAUCCUUAUUAAUUGCUGGACGUGGCAAGGCGGAAGGGGCUUCGUCCGUGCCUACAACGCCACCUCUGGCAGGUCCCUCUGGGACCUGAACACGCCGGAGCCGCCAGCCAGCGCCAGCACCGGGAUGGUCUCUGCGCUUGCUCACACUCGCUUGAUCGUCACCAUGGGCUUCAAUUGCGCAUUCAAUUCUCCCUCCCAGAUCUGGUCCAUUGAUCCGAACAACGGGCACAUCCGGUGGAUGAAGGAUGGGCCGACGCUGUGGACCAGUCACUGUGCUGGCGACAGGGAGGGUGCCGACAUCCGACGUGCCAUGGGCGGCCGCGCCACGUGCUCUCCGAACAGUUGGUCCUUGCCAGCGGUCGACUCGGCGGGCGACGUGUACGUUGGCAACCAGGUCGGCGUGCUGCAGAGGUGGGGCUCGCCAGGUGGGGUGCCUGGAACCAGGAAUGUCGACCUGCUCUCGACCUUGACGACCGGCGUGGCCUUUCAGGAUGCAGCCAUUGCAUUCGCCGAUGGCAUUAUGGCCGUGACCACAUGCACCUCCCUCUUGGUCUUCCAGACCUAUGCGGAGAAGUUCAACGGGUCUUGGUCAGUCGCCCACGAUGACUAUUCACCGAGUUCUGGCAUGGUCCAUGGCGACGAGGCGAGUCAUCAAAUCAGUGAGACUCCGCACACCGUUCCUACAGGAGCUCCCGGGUCUGGAUCUAGCCCUUGGGACGUCCGGUAG